CAUGGAAAUGUUUUUUUGUUUAUGUUUAAAGAACAGUAGUUAUUAUUUCAAGACUUCCUGUAUUUUUGGUUGUAGUUCUGAUUCACUGAUUUUGAUGGACAGUUCGGCCUCUGAUUGGCUAAUCAGCCUGACCAUAGUAACUGUGGGCGUGGUCUAAUUAAUAAACGGCUUUAGCUGAUCAGCAUGUCUCACCUUAUUUGACAUCACUUUUGAGUUAAUUUAUUGAUAGUUGAUUUACACACACGUACAUUCAGCUACAAUGUUUUGGUAGGAUCAAGGUUCCUUUCUGUAGGAUGGUAAAUUAUUAUUCGAAUGCUGGAUCGGCGAAGAGGAACAAAGACAGGUACAGAUGAUGUCAUCAGUGAAGGUGCAGUGUGCGGUGAAGGCGAGCGCUCUGAUUGGUGAAGGGCCGGUGUGGGAGGAGCUAGAACAGACGCUGCUGUUUGUUGACAUCGCUGGACAGAAAAUCCACCGCUGGAGCCCAGCGACCAAUCAGAUCCAGUCUGUGGAGACAGGUGACACAGUGGGCUUCGUGGUUCCUCGCAGGGCAGGUGGUUAUGUUGCAGGCGUGGGACGCGGCAUUGUGGCCGUUGAUUGGUCGACUCAGACAAUGACAUCAUUGGUGGAGGUUGAUGGUGACAAACCGAACAACCGACUGAAUGACGGGAAGGUCGAUCCGAUAGGACGCCUGCUGGCAGGUACGAUGGGGAAGGAGGUCCGACCUGCGGAGGUUCAGAGACAACAAGGAUCCCUGUUCUCUGUGACCUCUGACCUUACUGUGACCAGACACCUGGACCAGGUGGACAUAUCUAACGGGUUGGACUGGUCUCUUGAUCACCGGACAUUUUUCUACAUCAACAGUUUGUCUCUGACCGUUGACGCCUUCGACUACAACUCACACACGGGACACCUCGGUAACCGCCGUGUAGUGUACCGUAUGGAGGAGGGGGAGGGGCUUCCAGACGGGAUGACGGUUGACGGUGAAGGUCGUCUCUGGGUGGCCUGUUACAAUGGAGGACGCGUCAUCAACAUCGACCCUGCUACUGGUGUUCGGCUGCAGACGGUCUCUCUGCCGGUGAUGAAGACCACCUCAUGUUGUUUCGGAGGUCCGGACUACUCUGACCUCUAUGUGACCUCAGCCAGUCUGGGCCUUGACCAAUCAGAGAGGAGACAGCAGCCGCUGGCCGGAGACACUUUCAGGGUGACAGGACUCGGGGUCAAAGGUCGUCCUUCAAACUCAUUCUCUGGAUGAAUUUCAGGAGACUUGAACAGCCAAUCACAGCACAGAUCACCUGCAGGAAGUGAUCACCUGUUGGAUUAAUCCUGUCAGAGAGCUGUUAAUGAUCAAUAGUUAUUAAGUGGAUCAAUAAAAUGUCAUCGUGACUUCAUGCUAAA